AUCUAGGGCAAUACCUAAAUCUCAUGUGACGGCCAUUUGAUUGGGUGCGGAGAAACGAGUUCUUGUGAAAGAAACGACUAAUCUUAUUCGUUAAUCGGGUGCGGGCAAAUUUGAUUGAAGAUUAAAGAUGUUGAGCAGAAUAACGUCGAGAUUUGCACAAGGAAAAAAGAUGAAUAAUAAGAAACGCAAAGGUAAAGGUCCAAUGGAGCCUGAAAUAGACCCUAAUGUUGGAGAUUUGGAAGUUCCAGAUACCGGGUUCGAUGAAGAUAGCGAAGAUGAAACAACACCGUCCGUGGUAUCCCUAGAUAACUACAAUUGCCUGGAAGAUAGUGACAAACACGCUUCUACAGAUAUUACAUAUUCAAGCGAUCCAAAAUUCAGGUACCAACAUCGUGGUUCACUCUUUUCGGUCAUUGUUUAUUAUAAGGAGAUAACAAAACAUAGUCCAAAAAUUAAAUACAUUAUCGACAAGGCAGGAUGGGGACGUUUAUUAGCCAUGGAAAUAGGAGAAGCAUCACACCCAGUGAUUGAUUAUCUUGUUGAACGUUGGUGGGAUACAACGCAUACUUUUCACUUCCCUUUUGGUGAAAUGGGAUUCACGCCGCUUGAUUGGGUAGUGUUGACAGGAUUGAGUAUUGGAAUUGGGGAUGAUGUUCCGUAUAACCCAGUCAAGUACAAAUUUGAUUAUGUCCGUGAGCAUGUUUUUCCAGAAAUAGAAGAACCCUUAGAUUAUGAAGAUCCCCCAAUCUCUGGAAAAAAACGCCCCCCGGCACAGUGGAUUUCAGAUGCAAUCACAAUUAAAUUUUUGACUACGUAUUUCAAAGAAGAUAUCUUGGUUGCAGCUAAUUUGGAUGACAAACUUGCAGAAAAAGUGGCGAGGGCCUUUUUUAUGUAUGUUUUGGGAAAUUUUUUCUUUUCCAAUGCAAAGAACUACAUUGAUGCGGCUUGGUUAGCUGCUUUUGAGGAUCUAAAUGCAGUUGAUAUGUAUGACUGGGGUGGUCCUGCUUUUGCAAAAUUGUAUGUGGCACUCAACGCAUCUGGUAGGGGACAGAAGUCAUUAACUGGGCCGUUCCAAAUAUUAGAGUUUUGGGGAUAUGAAUAUCUGGGCAUAUGUAGACCGUGCGACCCAACUAGUGAAGAAAAAUGGCCAAGAACUUCCCGGUGGAAAGCGAAGAAAAAGACUAUCGAUAUUGUUCACUGUAGGAAUGCGCUUAAUCAGUUGACUGCAGACAUCGUGACAUGGAGACCGUGGGAAUCCGCCAUUGGUGUUCUUGACUCUGAUGUUGGUCGCAGGGCUGUGGAGCUUUCAAACAAAAGGGUUAUAUUUACUUGGAUUGGCAAGAAUAUGUGGUACCUAGGAGAACGAUCUUGGAGGCAAAAUCAUCCUACUUUUGGAAUUCCUAGAAAUCCACCAUUUAAAAUUGGCGAGGUCAGUCAUGAGAAAGCAAAACUUGUGAAAGAAGCUGGAUGGGUAGAUGCAAAUAUGUUUGUGAAAGCUGUUUCAUAUAAUAUGUAUCUGCGAUAUUGGCGACAUGUAACUAACUUCCAUCAAUUCGUGACCAAAGUCGAUUGGGUAGUUGAAUUACACGGGGUUGAUGGUGACCGUGUUAAACACCUUAUUCAACGACCUGCUCAGCAUGUACCUAUUCCACCACCACAACAAUUAUCAUACCCUGAAGCUUAUAAUCUGGUUCAAGAACAUGCCGAUUUUAAUCGUGCGUUUCGCGAGUUUGUAUUAUAUGAAACGGAAGACAGGAUGAUACGUUUAAAGGCAAAAGAUGAAGUAAUACGAGGCCUUGCAGCUCGUAACAAUUACCUGGAGGAUCAGAUGCAAUUCCGUAUGCAACAAACGCCGCGUCCCCCUAUUGGAUUCGGCAGUUUUUCUGAAACUAUCCCACCAGCGGUGUGGGCUCCAGUGAGUCAAGCAUCAACAAUGUCGUCUGUUAACCCCCCCGAGAAUGACCCUCCGUUUCGCUUUUACUCAUCAGAUGAAGAUGCGGUUGCAUUGAGCCGAAAUAAUCUAGCAGUUAGUUUGGGAACUGCCAUUACAAGUAUGACAUGGUCUCAUACUCGUAUAAAAAUACCAAGAAAUCGUGAAGCCGGAGAUAUACUUCUCUGGAAUGACUACUUUUCUGACAACCCCACCUACCCAGCUAACAUAUUUCGUAGGAGAUUCAGAAUGCGGCGAGAAUUGUUCAACCGAAUAUUGGCAGAUGUGGUGUCUAGAAAUCCUUAUUUUGCUCAAAAAAGAGAUGCUUGUGGCAUUCUUGGAUUAUCCCCUCAUCAGAAAGUAACUGCAGCAAUCCGAAUGUUAGCUUAUGGAUGUGCAGCAGAUGCAAUAGAUGAGUAUUUACGCAUUGGAGAAACCACCGUUUUAGAAGCAACCCGUCGGUUUUGCAAGACGAUUGUGGUAUUAUAUGGGAAAGAAUAUUUACGCUCACCAACUGCGGGUGAUGUUGAACUAUACACCGAAAAAUAUAAAUUUUCAUCGAUGCAAGAGGGAGCACGGAAAGAUGUAGAGCGUGGAUUUGGUGUACUGCAACAACAAUUUGCCAUUGUCAAACAACCUGCACGAAUGUGGAACCCGGAUGUGCUUGCCUAUAUAAUGAAAACGGUUAUUAUUUUACAUAAUAUGAUAGUGGAGGAUGAGCGUCUUCCCGGUGAUUGGCCACAUGAAUAUGACUCACGUAGCAGGUCGGCACCGGUGAAUAUAUCGAGGGUAGGUACUGAGGAACUUUCCAGAAUGAGAGCUGCACAUCGGCGUCAUGCUAUACACAAUAAAGAAACACAUUUUCGCUUGCGUCAAGAUUUAAUCGAACACAUAUGGUCAAAUUUUGGAGAUAAUUAUUAA